GUGCAGUGAGGUGUGCGGGUCCGCAGUGUAUUAUUUCUCGUGUAUAUUUUCACAUCUGUAAACAUUGAACAUCUCCUUUGAGUUGUUGGCAGCCGAAGUGGAAAUACAGCUCUUCUAAAAGAAGCUGUCCAGCAUGAUUAUAAUAGUGCUGUCCUUUUUGGUCUCCUUCAUUUCUUCUAAGGAGAUUCCAAACUUCAAUUUAGGAAGUUUCGAAGAUACAGUUGGUUUAGCGAAAGAACACAUCCCGAAAAAAGUAAGGGGAUUCCUACAUCAGGAUGUAAAAUUAGACUGUCUUCGGCCAGACAUGGAGGAAAUGUCCAGUGAUACUGUGUAUUCUUGGGUCUUUUAUCCUUCAUCUCAAAAUGGCGCAGCUGGAAAGGAGCCCGUCAGCUAUAUUCUCUGUGGUGGUUCGGACUUACCGCCGUGCAAUAGAAAACUAAUUGUGGAGAAAGUGAACAGUUCUUCGAGUGGGAUCUACAAGUGCUCGGUACUCACCGAAAAGGAAAGCGGUCAUGUCAUGACUUCAAAACCAAUCGUUACUUAUCUGCUCGAAGUUAAAGCAGAUCAUGAACCGAAAUUUUUGGAAGGACCACAAAUGGUCAAUGUUUAUGAAGACACAUCUGCUACUCUUGUCUGUAAGGUCCAGAGUGAAAUACCAAUUAUAAUUAAGUGGUUCAAAAGAGAUAAUAAUCCUAAAGUCAACGUCACCGUCAUACAUUAUAAUAAUAACACCUACAGGCCAUUAAAGAAUGUCAAAGAGUACGCUGAGGGAAAUACUUAUGUGAGUGAGCUGGUGUUCAAUAAAGUGUAUAAAAAUGAUUCUGGCAUUUAUGCUUGCAGUUUUGUAAGCCCUACAGGUCAAAUAAUAUACAAAGAAGGAAGUAUCGGUGUCCAACAAACUCUUGUUAUAUUUUCUUCACUGGUUCAGGAUAAGUGGGAAAUAUUUGCUGCUGUUCUUGUAGUGAUAAUCCUGGUCAUUGUAACAGUUCUAUGCAUGGUCAUCCUCUGCUUAAAAAAGAUGUGGGAGAAGAACGAUGAUCAACCUCUCGAUAUCAGAAGGAAGCCAUCGAAGAGUGACCCUGAUGGGAAUGAAACAUCAGAAUAUGAGCACGUUGUUCUUUAAACAUAAAAAUCAACUCUAAUUGUUGUACCUGUGAUUUAGUUAUUUUUUGUAAUUUCAUAUUUUUUAAAACUAGGAUUAAGCUCCCAUUUCAAAUGAAAUAUGAAGAAGUACAAGACUCAGAACAUUUCAAGUUGUUAUAACUCUCUUUAUUUUUGUUUUUUUCUGAAACUAUUACAAAAACAAUAAGUAGAAGCUAAAUUACUAAGUUAUGCAACUUCUUUUUUUUCAUUUAUAAACAAAAC